GAGCGCAUAGAAUUACGCCAAACGAACCGAAAAUCUCAAAUCACAAAUCUCAAAUCCAAGCCAGCGAUCCGAGUAUCCGCAUCCGAGUAUCUGAAUCUGAAUCAGAAUCAGAAGUGCAGAACCAAACCAAAAUUCCUGCGCCAGAAAGUGACGCGAUUUGUUUGUUUUCCCUCCUUUUUUUUCGAGUUCAAUUCUGUGCCCUAAUAGUGCGAAUCGAAAUCGGAAAUUUCGUUGAAAACAGCGAUAAAUCGACCUGAAGCCAAUAUCCCGCGAUGGGCAAUGCUGGCUACACUUGCAUACGCCGCACAUUCUGCUGGCUCAACAUCAUUCUAUGGCUGUGUAGCUGCGCGUUCUUGGGAGCCGGACUCUGGUUGCGACUGAGCUACGCGGGAUACGCCACCUUGCUGCCCCAGCACGCCGGCCUGAGUGCGGACACCAUCUUCAUGGGCAUCGGCGGCACCGGGUUUGUGGUCAGCUUCUUUGGCUGCUGCGGCGCCUGGGUGCAGUCCCGCUGUCUCCUGGUCUUGUACUUCAUGCUGAUUGUGAUGCUGUUCAUGAGCGAGUUCCUGGUGGGCUCCAUCGCCUUUCUCUUCCGCGGCGGACUGGGACGGACAUUGGCCAACGAGCUGCGCUUCGGCAUCGAGCGGCACUACAACAGCAGCGAUCGGGGAUCUCUGGUGGCGCCAUCGGUGGCCUCCAUUUGGGACAGCGUGCAGCAGUCGUUCGAGUGCUGUGGCGUCUCCUCCUACGAGGAUUGGUAUGACAUCCAGUCGUGGCCGGGCAGGCGCUGGGUGCCCGAAUCCUGCUGCAGGACCCUCUACGAUCAGCGGCAGGUGCUCACCGAAGGAUCCGGCGACGGAAUGAUGCGUCCCGACUGCGGCAGGUCGGAGAACCCGUCGCUGUGGUGGGACAAGGGCUGUGCCCACUCGCUGCAGAGCUGGUUCACCGGCCAGCUGAACGUGGUGGGCGCCGUGGGACUGGGCAUCGCCUUUGUCCAGCUGUUCGGGCUGAUCACCUCGAUGCUGCUGUUCUGCACGGUGAAGCACAAGCGCUCCUCGGACACCUACAAGUCCUACUCGCCGUCAAUCGAUCCCCAGACCCGCACCAGCAGUUGGGAGGAUUGAA